AUGGUUGAUGUCAACAAGCUGGACACAGUUCUAGGAAGUAUGGGCAUGAGCCUCACAGAAGAGGAACUUAAAGAUCUGACACAGAAUCUUCCAGAAAAUGUUGACAGGAAAGUUGAUCUGAAACAGGUAAUGGAUGCAGUGAAAUCUUUCACAGGUGAAAAGGUUGAUAUCAAUAACUUGGAAAAUUUACUGAGAAAUAUGGGGAUCGAACUUGCUGAUACAGAAUAUACAAAGCUGGUGAAAGCCCGGCCACUUAGUGCUAAUGGAAAACUUGAUCUGAGUAAAGUGAUGGAUGGAGUAAAAGCUGUUACAGAUGAUGACAAGAUCUUUCAAAACAGGUUGAGAGAAGUUCUGAAGUCUCUAAAAGAUGGGAAGAUCUAUACCAACGACUUGAGUGCUAUACUGGAUAAUAUGGGAGUCAAGAUCUCAAAUAAAGACCUUAAGGCUCUGACUAAAAAUUUCCCUGCUGAUGGUGGGAAGAUUGAUUCUAGUGACCCAGAAGAAUUUCCUGGGAAGCCUGGGGAUUGA